AUGCCAAGCAAUGUUUCACACUGCCACAUUGGUGAAGCAAUGGAACCCUUUACCUAUUUCUACUACUUGAUUUUUCUUAUGGGAUUUAUUGGAAGUUGUUUUGCACUAUGGGCAUUCACACAAAAAGGUCAGAAGCAGAAGUGCAUGAGCAUCUACUUAAUUAACCUCUUAACAGCAGACUUUUUGUUGACUUUGGCAUUGCCAGUAAAGAUCAUCGUUGACCUAGGAGUUGCAUCCUGGAAACUGAGAAUAUUCCACUGCCAAGUUACAGCCUGCUUCAUCUACCUGAACAUGUAUUUAUCCAUUAUAUUUUUGGGAUUCGUAAGCAUGGAUCGCUGCCUUCAGCUAAUGCACAGUUCCAAGAUCUACCGCAUUCAAGAGCCCGAAUUUGCCAAGGUGCUGUCUGCAGUCGUGUGGACAAUGGUUCUCCUCAUCACGGUGCCUAACAUGGCCAUCCCCAUCAACACCAUUGAAGAAAGACCCGGCGCGGGAUGCAUCGAGUUCAAAACGAAAUUUGGAAGAGACUGGCACGUGCUUACUAAUUUCAUAUGCACGGCAAUCUUCCUCAAUUUUUCAGCCGUGAUCCUGAUUUCCAACCUCCUUGUCGUCAGACAGCUCUACCGCAACAAGUACAGCGAGAGUUACGCAAACGUGAAGAAAGCCCUCAUCACCAUUCUGCUCGUAACUGCGGGCUACCUGCUGUGCUUCGUUCCGUACCACAUCGUCCGCAUCCCCUACACUCUGAGCCAGGGCGACGCCACCACCAGCUGCUCUCUGAAACAAGCUCUCUUCAAAGCCAAAGAGCUGACCUUGCUGUUCGCGUUAUCAAACCUCUGCUUUGACCCCCUUCUGUAUUACCACCUCUCCAAAUCGUUCAGGUUGAAGUUUGCUGAGACUUUUGCGGCACCCAAAGAGGCAAAGGCUUUCACAGACGGCGAGGUGACACGCCACGGAAGCCACCAGCACGUACAAAAGCACCGCUUCCAAAACGCAACAGAAGAGAGCGCAAACCCGCAGCACGAGCGGCUGCUCGGCGACAACGAGCCCGGCUCGUUUGCUGAAUCAGAAGCCGGAGCAGAGGGAAAAACUUGA